AUGAAGCAACGCUUCUCGUCUCUGGAUGUCAAGGUCGCCGCCCAUGAACUGUCCCAGGGCUUGGUCGGCCUUCGCCUGGCCAACAUCUACGACAUCUCCUCCAAGAAGAUCCUCCUCAAGUUCGCCGUGGCUGGGAAGCGAGAACAGCUCCUCAUCGACUCCGGGUUCCGGACCCACUUGACCGAGUUCACGCGAGCUACUGCUGCUGCCCCCUCCGCCUUUACUGCACGCUUGAGAAAGUUUCUCAAGACACGGAGAUGCUCGUCUAUAUCACAGGUUGGGACGGACAGGAUCAUGGAGCUCCAGUUCAGCGACGGCGCCUACCGCCUGUAUCUCGAGUUCUUUGCUGCCGGCAAUGUCAUCCUCACCGACGCCGACCUCAAGAUCCUGGCUAUCCUGCGCAACGUCUCCGAGGGCGAAGGCCAGGAACCUCAGAGGGCCGGUCUGACAUACUCGCUCGAAAAUCGCCAGAACUAUGGUGGCGUGCCUCCUCUGGUUCGAGAGCGGGUCCGCGGCGCGCUCUCGGCGUCGGUCAAGAAGGCCGAGGCAGCUGAAGCAGCCCUCGCCAAGAAAAAACACAAGAGAAAACCCGGCGAUGAGCUGAGGAGGGGCCUGACGACCUCAUUGGAAGAACUACCUCCUGUCGUGGUCGAUCAUGCCUUUGCGGCAACCGGGUUCGAGCCCACCGUCAUGCCGGGCGAGGUGCUCGAGAACGAUGUGCUCUUCGAGGCACUCUUCCAUGCACUGGAGGAAGCCCGCAGGAUAGUGGACGAGGUGACCAGCGCAGCCACCUGCAAAGGUUACAUUGUCGCCAGAAAGCGCGAUGCCAAGGGGGGCGACCAUCCCUCGACGCCGGAGGCUGAGAAGGCGCAGGGGCUCUUAUACGAAGAUUUCCAGCCAUUCUUGCCUCAUAAAUACGAACACGACCCCCAGUACACCAUCCUGACCUUUGACAGCUUCAACAAGACCCUUGAUGAGUUCUUCUCUUCCAUCGAGGGCCAGAAGCUGGAGGCCAGGCUGAGCGACCGCGAAGCCACCGCAAAGAGGAAGCUCGAGGCGGUCCGGGCCAUACAGGAGCAGAAGGUCGAGGGUCUCAAGACGGCGCAGAUACUCAAUCUGCGCAAAGCUGGUGCUAUUGAAGCCAACGCAGACCGUGUGGCGGAGGCGAUCGAUGCUGUCAAUGGUCUCAUCUCCCAAGGCAUGGACUGGGUCAACAUCGGCAAGCUGAUCGCGCGGGAGCAAAAACGACACAACGCGGUCGCGGAAAUCAUUAAGCUGCCCUUGGACCUGGAACGGAACAUGAUCACCCUACUUCUGGCAGAGGAAGAGGUCGAUGCGGAGGAACACAGAGGAGAAGAAGCGGACGGAGGAGAUGACACCAGCUCUGAGGACUCUGAGGAGGAUGCCAACGAGGAGGAGGAGUUGGACAAGGAAGACAAGGCUCAGUCGCCUGACAAUAGACUUGUCAUCGAGAUCAAUCUCGGUCUGACGCCAUUUGCAAACGCCCGCGACUACUACGACCAGAAGAAGGUGGCUGCCGUGAAAGAGCAGAGGACCGUGGAGCAAUCUGUAGCAGCGCUGAAGAGCGCCGAGAAGAAGAUUGUGCAGGACCUCAAGAAGGGUCUAAAACAGGAGAAGCCGACGCUGCAACCUACGCGCCGUCAGAUGUGGUUCGAGAAGUUUUUGUGGUUUAUAUCCUCAGAUGGAUACCUCGUCGUCGGCGGCCGAGACGCCAGCCAGAACGAAAUGUUAUACAGGAAGCAUCUUGGAAAGGGGGAUAUCUAUGUGCACGCUGACAUGCAUGGCGCAGCAUCUGUCAUUAUCAAAAACAACCCCAAAACCCCCGAUGCACCCGUUCCGCCAGCGACCUUGGCCCAAGCCGGGAGCUUGUCGGUCUGCUCAUCCAACGCUUGGGACUCAAAGGCCGGAAUGGGGGCCUGGUGGGUCAACGCCGAGCAGGUGUCCAAGUCUGCACCUACUGGCGAGUAUCUCCCGACCGGAAGCUUCAUGGUGCGGGGCAACAAGAACAUCCUGACACCCCAACCUCUCGUCCUUGGGUUUGGUUUCGUGUUCAAAAUCAGCGAGGAGAGCAAGGCCAAUCACGUCAAGCACAGGCUCGUCGAAGCAGACGAGUCUCAGCCUGCUGGCGCUAGGGGUCCCAUCGGUCAUAUAGAUGGUGGUGCCACCAAGCAUCGAUCUGGCGAGUUCGAGCAAGUGAAGGACGGUGCCGACGAAUCAGAGGAAGAACAAGACGAAGUUGAAAAUCACGACAGGCGGAAUCCGCUGCAGACUAAUGUGGAACAGGAGGAGGAAGAUGACGAGGAUGAGGGGGAUGCUAUUGCUGUUCAUGAUGACGAUGAUGAGGAUCUGGACGGUGAUUUUGUUGAUCAUGUGAAGGAUGACUACCAGAAGUUGAGCAUCGGGGAACCAGCGGAGGCAAUGAUGUCUGGUGCCCUGGUCGCAGACGCCACAGCUGAUGGAGGCGCCGUGAGCGCAGUCGAAAACGGGUCAGGCGACCAGGAAGACGACACUGGUACUGGUGCACCUGAUGGAGCCAUCUCAGGCACUGCCGAAGAGAAACCCGCCGCCAGUGAGACCACUGCGGACGGUUCCGUACCACAAAAUAACGGGGCACCAGCAAAGCGCGGGCGGCGUGCCAAGCAAAAGAAGAUUGCUGCAAAGUACAAAGACCAGGAUGAAGAAGAUCGCGCCAUGCACGAGCAGCUCAUCGGCGCCGCCAAGGGUCGCCAGAAGGCCGAAGAAGAAGCCAGAGCCAAGGUUGAGAAGCAGGCAGAGGAAGAAGCACGACGCGAGAGGCGCAGGCAAGCACAGGAAAAGCAGAAACAGAAGACGGCCGAGCACGAGGAGAUGCGGCGGCUGAUGCUCGACGAGGGCCUCGAGGUUCUGGAUGAUAGCGAGGAGCAGGCCGUGACGCCGCUGGAUGCCCUGAUCGGAACACCACUGCCUGGUGAUGAGAUCCUCCAGGCCAUACCCGUCUGUGCACCCUGGGCAGCCAUGUCAAAGUGCAAGUACAAGGUGAAGAUCCAGCCCGGCCCGACAAAGAAGGGCAAGGCGAUCAAGGAGAUGCUCGAGAGGUGGAAGGUUGCUGCUACGAAGAGGGGGAGCAUCGAUGAGCAGGCUAGGGACCCGGAGAGGAUGUGGCCGCGCGAGGUGGAGCUGAUCAAGAGCUUCAAGCCCGAAGAGGGGAACAACGUCGUACCGGUAGGCAAGAUGACGAUCAUGAUGACCGGUGGCACAGCAGGUGGGAAAAAGGCAGGAGGAGGAGGAGGCGGCGGAGGAGGCAGCAAAGGUGGUGGCAAGGGUGGAGCGAAACAAGGCAAAGGUGGAAGAGGUGGGAAGGGAGGGAAGAAAAAUUGAGCGAGCAUCUUGUCUUGGGGCCCGUCAACAUCUGUCUGAGAGUAGUCUAGGCGGCCUUGAAGGUCUGUAACCAGCACGUCGAAGGCUCCUUGAUGAGUUCAUCCACCC